AUGAUGUCCAACGAGAAAGAGAUGACAGGCACAACCAUUAUUGCAAUAAAGUAUGACGAUGGCGUGCUGAUUGGGGCAGACUCGAGAACAUCCAUGGGAGCAUAUGUUUCGAGCAGGGUGACAGACAAGCUUACGCAGAUCACUGACAAGAUAUUUGUUUGUAGAUCCGGAAGCUCGGCAGACACCCAGAUGAUUUCCAGCUACUUGAGGAUGUACCUUAGCAUGUACUCACAGCUCGAGGACUCGAUUCCUCAGGUGCAAAGGGCAGCAGCCUUGGCCAGCAAGAUUAUAUAUGAGAAUCCGAGUCUUUUGGCGGGCCUUAUAGUUGCUGGGUAUGAUGACAAGCCAAGGGUCUUCAAUAUAUCUCUUGGGGGGUCGCUUACGGAGCGCGACUGGGCCAUCGGAGGAUCUGGAUCUGCGUUUAUAUAUGGCUACUGUGACGUGAACUGGAGAAGCGGAAUGAGUCUUGAGGAGGGGAUCAGGUUUGUUAGGAAUGCAGUUUCGUGUGCAAUAAAUAGAGACAAUGCCUCUGGAGGAUGCAUAAGAAUGUCUGCAAUCUCGAGGACCGGGGUCCAAAGAUACUUCUAUCCAGGAGACAAGGUCCUUCAGUAA